CUUGUCGCCAGGAUUUGACGUUUUCAGCUUUCCGGUGACGUCACAGUCGUGGGCCAAGAUGGCGGCGUACUGUGGCCGUACUUUAGGAGCGUUUCAAAGAAAAUAUGCCUGCUCUAUUUUUUCCAUGGCGACGGCGCAGCUCUGCCCGCAGGGCAGACAGAUAUGUGUGAGCUCUGCACUACACAGAAAGAACGAGACAAACUCCGAACCACGGAAGUUCUCUGCAGAGUUUAUAGAGAAGCAGGUGGGGGAGUUCGAUAUUGGGAAGCGACACCUUGCCAACAUGAUGGGAGAAGACCCUGAAAACUUCACCCAGGAGGACAUAGAUAGAUGCAUCGCUUACCUGUUUCCAUCUGGCCUGUUUGAGAAGAAAGCUAAACCCAUCAUGAAGCACCCAGAUGAAAUAUUUCCAAAGCAGAGAGCUGUCCAGUGGGGAGCAGAUGGACGACCUUUUCACUUUCUUUUUUACACUGGAAAAGAGUCUUACUACUCACUGAUGCAUGAAUUAUAUGGCAAAAUCCUAAACUUGGAAAAGUACCAGGACCGUCUCAAAGCCAAAGGACUGUUUUCAAAAGAUGCCAAACAGAUCUCCUUAAGAGCAACCAGGUGGCUCACGAAGGAGGAAGUAGAGACGGUGCUGUUGGAGGGCAUCUCAACUCAAGACUACACUCGCUUCAUUCAGCUGCUGGAGCAACUCAUCUCCAUGCCCUACCACUCUGUUGAGGAGAAGUUUAUCUUGCAGUAUCGCCAACAACUGGAAGCUCAAUCAAGUAAACAAACAGUGCCACAGCUGGAGAAGGAUGACAGAGGGGUGGAUUUCAGCAGAGCAGAGGGUCGCAGGAAGUCAUCAGUGGCUUCUGUAAUUCUUCGAGACUGUGGCUCAGGACACAUCACAGUCAACGGUCACGACUACCUGCAGUACUUUUCUGUUCUGCAAGACAGAGAGCAGCUGAUGUUUCCACUCCAGUUCACUGGCAUGCUGGGACGCUUCGAUCUGGAAUGCACAGUGAGCGGUGGCGGUAGGUCCGGCCAGGCCGGAGCUCUGCGGCUUGCCAUUUCUCGCUGUCUACUUAGCUUCCUGUCUGAGGGGGAGGUGGAGAAUCUGAGACAAGCCGGUCUGCUGACUUCUGACCCCAGAGUGAAGGAGCGGAAGAAGCCAGGACAGGAAGGAGCAAGAAAAAAAUUCACAUGGAAAAAACGCUGAGGGGGCAAAACGAAGAAUUUGAACCAGAAAAAAUGAACAUUCACACUUUUCUGUACAAAUACAAUGCCCCCUGCAGCCACAGUUCCCAAGUCGGAGCCCAGUUGCAGUUUCGUCCACUAGAUGGCAACAUCUGUCCAAUAAUUACAAAAAUAACACUGUAGUCAAAUUAAGUCGUUUUAUAAUAAAAAUAUUUAUGUU